AUGUCUGGCUUUAAUUUUGAAGAUCAUACCGACAUCAACAAUGAAGACUUGAACACGGACUUAUCCUCUGUCUAUGAACCGAGAUGGAAACGAAAACAGAAGCAACGACCUCAAUCCACAACGACUGUGGAUCAAGUCAUGACGGAUGUCAUCAUCACGAUGAACAACAUCUCGUGUUCUUCCGGACCCACUACAACCACUUCUACUACUUCUCUGGAUCAAAGAUUUAUACCAUCCAGAAGAACAUCUCAAGAUAUGGAUAUUUGUAAAUUUAAUUUAAUGAAUUGUAUGGAAGAUGAUGAUGGUGGUGAUUGUGGUGGAGGCUCAUUCGAUUCCUCUUCUUCCUCCGAUAAGGAAAAUACGCACAACAGAAUUUUAGAACAACGUCUUUUUGAUGGUAAAAAGGUGAAAGACGCCAAGAUUUUAGCAUUAACGGAGAAGGCUCCCAAAGCUCCCUCGGACUGGCACAAUAAUUUACGAGUUCUUUAUUCUCAAAACAAAAUAUUUCCUGGUAAUGGUGGAGCUUGUCAAAAUAAUGCAAGAAAGCAAGUGGUGUCCAGACACAUUCCUCAAACUCCUGAAAAGGUGCUAGAUGCUCCCCAAAUGAUAGAUGAUUAUUAUUUAAAUUUAUUGGAUUGGAACUCAAAUAAUGUAUUGGCAGUAGCUCUUUGUGAAAGUGUGUAUUUGUGGAAUGGCGAGACCGGAGACAUUAACAAAUUAAUGUCUUGUUCUCAGCAAGACAACUAUAUUACCAGCGUUUCAUGGGUAGAAGAUGGAACUUAUUUAGCGAUAGGAACCAACUACAACGAUGUACAAAUAUGGGAUGUUAACAGAAGCAAACAAAUUAGAACUAUGAAAGGUCAUACACAACGAGUAUGCUCAUUGGCUUGGAAUACAUUCAUCUUGUCAAGUGGAGGAAAGGAUGGCAAAAUACUUAAUCAUGAUGUGAGACAAGCGAAACAUUUAAUCACUACUCAGAGCAUCCAUCAAGAUUUUGAAGUUUGUGGACUGAAGUGGUCACACGAUGGUAAUCAACUCGCUUCUGGAGCCAAUGACAAUAUCCUCAAUAUUUGGGACAAGUCUCUCUUGCUGACACAAAGCGAAAUCAUGCCUAAAUUCUCAUUAAGAGAACAUGUAGCUGCUGUAAAAGCUUUAGCCUGGUGUCCUUGGCAAGCGAAUCUUUUAGCUUCUGGAGGAGGAACCAGUGACAGAAAGAUGAUGUUUUGGAACACCCAAACAGGUACCUUACUUAACACGAUAGAUACUAAUUCACAAGUUUGUUCAUUGAUUUGGUCCAAAAGUGAUCGUGAAAUUAUUUCUUCACACGGCUUUUCUCAAAAUCAGCUUUGUGUUUGGAAGUAUCCAUCACUUGUAAAAGUAGCUGAAUUAACAGGACACAAAAGCAGAGUGCUUCAUAUGGCUCAAAGUCCUGAUGGAACAACCAUUGUCAGUGCAGCUGGAGAUGAAACAUUAAGAUUUUGGAAAGUUUUUAGUCCUAUCAUGCACGCUGAUAAAUUAACGCCAUCCGAGCACCAAUCCGUUUUAGCAACAGCACCCCGAAAUAUGCGAAGCAUUAGAUGA